AACCACUCAUACUCGGGGUCCAGAUGUUGCGCACAAUUAUCAUAUCAGCAGCACAUCGUUUGCGACUAAGUGAAAUAGCAGAUUUCGCUGGCACACUCUGCGUUCUCCUUAAUAAGCGGUCUCUGUAGAGUCCGAGUUUUCAGUAUUAGUUUAGCCCUAGAAGCGAAAAGAAGCUGCAGAAUGAAGAACUGCCACGAUUACGAGUCCUGCUACUAUGAGGAUAUCACAAAAUCGUGGCUCAAUCAAACAGAGGGAUACUGCAAUUAUGGUGCGACUUCUGCCUACGUGGAUUGCAGUAAAAUGGAGGCUCAAUUUUGGCUGCAAAAUGAGGAAACUACUAACCAGGAGGCUCCCAGUCAAGCGCCCAAACUUCGCAGCACAUCCUCGAAUCGCAAGGAACGCACAGCCUUUUCAAAGACGCAGCUGAAAGAACUGGAAACCGAGUUCCUCUACUCCAACUACCUGACCCGCCUGCGUCGCUACGAGAUCGCAGUGGCCCUGGAGUUGACGGAGCGCCAGGUGAAGGUGUGGUUCCAAAAUCGUCGCAUGAAGUGCAAGCGCAUCAAGCUGGAGGAGCAGGAGGGCCAAAAAUCACACUUUUAGUUUGUACAAAGACAUAUUUUAACACAAUUCAUCUUACAAAAUGUUUUCGCUUACUUAACAACUACAGUAAAAGGUAUUCUAAGC